GAACGCAGACAUCAAUAAUGAGUAGUUUAGAUUGUUUCUGGUCAGGCAUUAGGCUGCCCCGCAGUAACGCAGGUCCUUUCCCCACAGCGCAGGAAACUGAAAGUAAAAGUCUCCACGGAUCCACUGCAAGUCAUCUACAGUUACUUUGUAAAUCCGACACAAGCCGUCUUAAAAAUGUUCAUCGCGUCGGGGGACGUCGCUCCCUCUUUUCAAGGCUUCACUCUGAUAAUGCCUGCAGUCUCCGUCGGGAAUGUGGGGCAGCUCGCCGUGGAUCUCCUCAUCGCAACACUGAAUAUGCCCCGAGUGGGGCACUUCCACACAGACUGCCUCACUGCCAUGGCUGGGAACAGCCCCUACGCCGCAUGUGCCCAGCUCAGCACCGGCGCGGAGGUGUACUCUCACAGGGACUUAAAGCUGGCUGUGCUGCAGAUCAGGACACCCAUCAUUCAGACAAAGGUCAGAUCAUUCCGAAAGCUGAUGGUUUCUUGGAUCAAGAGCAGUGGGUUCCUCAGGAGUGUGCUGCUGUCCAGCAGUCACGCGUAUCACAGAGACGACCAACAGCUUCAUGGCACACCUCUGCGGUACCUGCUGACCCCGUCUCUGCAGAAGGAGGAGGCUCCGAGGGUGGAGGAGUUGGGCUGGAGGGAGAUGGAGAGGAUCAGUGCGUUUCCCGGGAUCUCUGACUCAGAGCAGCGGCUCUACAUUCCCGGAGGAGGAGUGACCAAAGCCCUUUACACAGACUGCUGCACAGAGGACAUCUCUAUGGCAGUAAUGCUGAUCUUCUGCUCAGAAGGAGACAACAUUCCUGACGCGUUUGCUCUCGUUAACCAUCUCAACGACUGGCUCCAUCUGCUGGAAAAACCUACACAGGGUACGGUGCAGUGGCGGGUUCCUCCCUCGUGGAGGCUGCUGUUCGGCAGCGGUAUCCCACCUCUUCUCUUUUGAAGCACGGCUUAAACCUCACGCUUGCAUAUGGAUAUGCCUGAUGCAACUCUGCAGGUGUGACCGUUUUAAACAUGAACCAGAGAAAUCACUGAUGGACUGAUGGUUGAGCGGUCAAACUGCACAAAGCACUGAAUACACAUUUUGCUUGUAAAUAAGUGAAAUGGUACAGAAAUAAUAAGCUGUAGCAUUAUUUUUGCCAAAUCGUGUGUCCCGUGUCAUUUUUUCUUUAUAAUGCUAGUCAUGCUGAUAGUUCAGCUUUCAUUUCUCUCCACCCAGCGGUGGAUGGCUCUGGCUCCCUGCCAUCUGAGUUUCCCAGCAGAGCAGCACUUCUUGUAAUGUGACGCAGCUCUGAACCUGCUGGGACCAGUUGUGUGUGACGUUCUUGUGGGAAGAAAGUGAAAACAUUUAAAGCCCCUUCUGCAUAGUUUGGCCAUUUUUUUUCCAUUGUUGGUGCAUCAAAAAUUACCAUGUUAGCAGUGUUAAGUCAUGUCCCAUCACGACUGUCUGAAAUCUUGUGACACAAAUGAAAUAUCAAGCGCUGAAUCAAACAAAAACAACCAAGAAAAGUCCACAUCAUACACCACCUUUUGGGGUUAGUAAGAUUUUAAGGGGUUUAAGCGUGUAGCUUGUUAGAAUGGCAAAGGAUCAGCAAUCUCCAC